AUGAGCGGUGCUAAAUCAUGGGUACAAAAAAGGAUUUCGGAUGUAGUCCCUAGUUCCUUAUAUGUACAUUGUACGGAUCAUAACUUAAAUCUAGUAAUUGCUGAUGUUUCCAAAAGUUCAUUAAAAAUUUCUACAUUUUUUGAUAUAGUUCAAAAUAUAUAUUUGUUUUUGAGCCAAAGUGCACCUAGAUGGGCAUCAUUAGCAUUUGGUAAUGAUAUAGCAAAUCAAAUACAAAAAAAAGUUUUGAAAAAAAUGUUACAGUGCUCACAAACCAGUAUCCAUCAAGCCAGUGAGUUUUUGCAAAUUGGUAUUAAUUCAAUUAAAAAUAUGAGACAUAAUUAUAAAGAACUGGUAGAAUCAGCAAAAAAUAUGUGUUUAAAAUGGGGAAUACAAUUUCAGAAUGAAAAUAAACGUAAAACUUAUUCUAAAAAACUAUUUGGUGAAGUUGAUGGUGACAGGAGAUUGGAUAUUACAGAGGAAAAAUUUUAUGUUUCAGUAUUUUUACCAUUAGUUGAUACUGCUUUAUUUCAACUCAAAGAUCGUUUUAAAGGACUUAAAAUAGUAUCAAAUACUUUUAAUUUUUUAUUGCCACCAAAUAUAAUAAAAUUAAAUGAAGCAGAAAUAGUAAAAUCAUGCUAUGAUUUUAUUCAGUUUUACAAAACUGACGUAACUUCCGAUUUAACUAGUCAAGUUCUAUCUUUAAAGGAGUUUAUAAAAAACACUGAUAUGAAAACAAUUAAAGAAUUAUGUUUAUAUUUAAUAGAAAACGACCUAUCAUCUUUGUAUAGUGAAGUUGUUACACCUUCUAUUAUAUUUUUAAGUUUACCAGUGACUGUUGCAACGGCCGAACGAUCAUUUUCUAAACUUAAAUCGAUUAAAAACUAUUUAAGAAACUCGAUAUCUCAAGACCAAUUAACUAACAUAAGUAUCUUAAAUAUAGAAAGAGCUCGCACUGAAGAACUUGAUGUAGAAAAAUUAAUUUUAGACUUUGCCAAUCAAAAAAGCAGAAAAAAAAUUUUUUUAAAGUAA